CAUAGAACUGCUGUGCUGAAUUAAGCUGUGAUUGGUCAGUGGAGACUGAAGUAAAAACAUGUCCAACAUGGGCUUUUCAGCAUUUGUGUGCUCAAUUUUUGUGUGCUGCUUCUGUUGCAGCAAAACUAUGCCAACAACACUCAGCCAGGGGCCUGUGAACGACAGACCUGUGAUCGGUAUUUUGACACAGCUAGUUUCAGAUGAAGUCAUGAAACCGUUCGGGAGGACCUACAUACCUUCUUCCUAUGUGAAAUACAUCGAGUCUGGGGGCAGCAGAGUGAUGCCUAUCAGACUGGCUCUUACUGGUGCUGAAUAUGAAAAUAUCUUCAGUAAGAUAAAUGGCCUGCUUUUUAUCGGUGGAUCUGCAGAUUUGGAGACAUCAGAGUUUGCCAGAGUGGCAAAGAUUUUCUACAGACUCGCUCUGACGGCCAAUGAUGCUGGGGACUUCUUUCCUAUCUGGGGAACGUGCAUGGGCUUGCAGCUGCUGACUGCACUGGUUGCUGGGGAAAAUUUGUUGGCAAACACCUCAGCUGAGAACAUAGCACUGCCCCUCAACCUAACCACAGAGGCUAACUCCAGCAAGAUGUUUGAGGGUUUCCCCGAUGAGCUUAUGAAGGCUUUGACCCAGGAACCACUGACUGGGAAUUUUCACCAUUUUGGAGUUACUGUAGAGACCUUUCAGGAAAAUGAAAAGCUGAAAAAUUUCUUCUCUGUCCUGUCUACAAAUGUUGCAGAGAACGGAGCCCACUUUGUCUCUACCAUAGAAGGUAAGAAAUAUCCUUUCUAUGGAGUGCAGUGGCACCCAGAGGUGAAUCGUUUUCAGUGGGACAGAAAACUGAACUUUCCUCACUCCCACCACGCUGUUCAGUUAUCGUCGCUGCUGGCUGACUUUUUUGUCAAUGAAGGCAGAAGAAGCCUACAUCGCUUUGACGACCCUGAGGAGGAAGCAUCGUCACUGAUCUACAACUACACUCCUGUCUAUGCUGGAAACUUCACAGCAUACGAGCAGAUUUAUUUCUUCUGAGACCCUCCGGGGUCUGACUGACUGUGUGCAGCUACAGCACAACAAUAUAUACAGUCUAUGGUGCAGCACAACACCUCGAGUGUGUUGGUGUGUAAACAAAAUGUUGAUUUUGAACAUUUGAAUGCUGAUUGAGAGCAUUUUUUAAUAAACUCAGGAUAUGUUUCUACACAGGCACUUGUGCUUUUACCAGUUUAAUAGAAUUACUUAUUUUUCUCCUUGUUUUGUAGACUUUGUUCUGUACUGUAUAUAAAUUAGAAUACUUGUAGGCUUGUAAAGAAGUGGGAUUUGACAAAAAAAAAGUAUCAUGUCAAGACCCAUUUAAUAGCUGUUAUGGAGAUUUAAGUUGCAUCAUGCCAUCUUUCUCAGCAAAUGGAGUUUGCCCAUUUGUCAAGGAAUUGUAGAUGUUCAAAUUUCCAAAUUUUCCUGCACAGUGUCAAGAUGUCUCAUUCAUCUUUUAGCUUAGAAGACUGAAAAUUCAUUCUUGACAGUGUAAACAGCAGCUGACCACACAACCUCAGCAUAGCGUACAUUCAGUAUUUCCAAGGUCAGGAAUGAACAUUUAAUUUCAAAUAAAAUUCAUUAUUUUCUCACCAGGAUUGCAAAUUUGACUUUGGAACAACAUCCAGCUUUCAUUUUGGGAAAUUAACUGAGACGGUCUUUUACUUGUGUAGUGCUUUUUUAUACAUUUAAGCACACUCGAAGCACUAUUUGCCUAUUCAUGCUCACAAACACUCACACACUGGUGGACAGCCACCAGGAGCAACGUGGAGUUUGUUGUCUUUUUCAAGGACACACUGACAUGUGGACUGGGGAAGCUGAAGUCAGGAAGGAGAUGACCCACUGUACCUCCUGAGCCAUAGUCUCCUGAAAUAAAAUGUAAAAAUAAAAUAAAAAUCUGAAGGAUUAAAACAGUUCUGACACUUUUAGUCUGGUGCUUGGUUCAACCUUUCUACAGGAAAGGGCUUGGUUGGAUUAGCAACACUGCAAAGCUGGCAU